AUGGCUGUUCCACCUGCGCCAGCUCCGAGCUCUGCAUCCGCAUUGCUGGCUCCUCUGACCUCCAUUCACUCCCCCUUCUCUUCAGUCACCACUACGUCUACGCAACCGGCUCCAGUACUGCAAUUAGCACCUCCUGGCAUCCCCCCACCUUUGAGGAAACCACGACAGGGCACGCUGUCGAAAUGGAUCCCACGAGAGGGGACGAAACAGCCACCAGUGCUGCAGCUCGCGCCAACCGGUGUCACUAUCAACCCCGCUCCCGCUUCCAACCGUGUGGCACCAUUACCAACUGCAGUGAAGGCAGAACCCGUCGAGGAGAAGAUCAGAGUCUGUGGAGGAGCUGUGCGGAUCACCGUAAUGGACGACCUAUCACACGCGUACUUCAAGGGGCAGAGGGUCGUGGUUGAGGUUUCAACACGAAGGAAGUUAUAA